AUGGCCGCCUCAGAUACCACCACCACUCUACCGACGGAGGACGAGAGAAGCUUUUCCAAAGGCUCCAAUGACUCUGUUCAACCUCUGUCGGAGAUGGAAGAAAAAGCCAUUAUCCGCCGCAUUGAUCUUUGCCUCCUUCCACUGAUGUUCUUCUCAUACUUGCUACAAUAUCUUGACAAGACCACACUGUCAUACGCAUCUAUUCUGGGCCUUUUGACUGGCACGCAUAUGACCACAGACCUAUACUCCUGGACCUCAAGUGCCUUCUACUUUGGCUACCUAGUCGCGUCCUAUCCCGUCUCCCUGGGGUUUGUCAAAUUUCCCCUCGGAAAAUACCUCUCUAUUAUUAUUCUUAACCUGCCAUGCUCAGGCAACGGCGUGGCUGCAAUUUUCGGCGGUGUCCUCGCUUACGCCAUUGGGCACGUCGAGGAUAGAUUGGGACCAUGGCAAUGGCUCUUCAUCAUCUUCGGCUUGAUUACCCUAGCAUGGUCAAUCUUUUUAUUCUUUUUCCUCCAGCCAAACCAGCGCGAACCCGCCUACCGUCGCGCACAAGCAUGCCAAAAGAGCUAUCAGAGCCGCGAAUGGAAGAAAGACCAAUUCAUCGAAGCAUGGCUGGACCCGAAGACAUGGUUUCUGUUCAUCUACAACUUCAUGGUCUCCUUACCAAACGGAGGGAUUACCAACUUCUCCAGCCUAGUCAUCGAAUCCUUCGGCUUCGACACUUUCAAUACUCUUCUUUACACCAUCCCCAUGGCCGUCGUUGCCCUCUUUUUCCUCCUCCUCAGCGCGUACUCAUGCAACCGUUUCCGCGGCCUCCGCUGUUACUGGAUGAUCAUCACGCUCUUGGUCAGCUUACUCGGUAUCCUGCUCAUGCGACAGCUUCCUACGCAUAAGAAAUGGGGCCGUUUGGUUGGCGUCUGGCUCGCCAGUGUCUUCGGUGCAGGAUGGCCACUCAGUCUGAGUUUGAUCUCGAGUAACUUUGCCGGGUUCACAAAGAAGAGUGCUGUCACGGCCAUUCUGUUCAUUGGGUACUGUGUGGGCAAUAUUGCUGGCCCGCAGCUCUUCAAGACCAAUGAGGCACCAAGGUAUCAGACUGCGUUUGCAGCUAUUCUCACGUGCUUCUGCAUUGGAAUCGUCGAUGUGAUCGCGCUGCAGGCGUACAUGAUGUGGGAGAAUAAGCGGAGAGAUAGCAAGCAGGGCCGGACGAUUGAGCCCGAGUCUCCCGAGCUGGAAGAUGCCGUUGGGUCGUACUCGGAGCAGAGUGGGACAGGCGACAUGUCGGAUUGGCAGAACGAGAACUACCGGUACUGCCUGUAGACGGCAUUAUUUAUAGGCGAAGGUUACUGGAAGAUAGUAUAUUUCACAUUUCAGGAUUAAAAGUCGGAUACA